AUGUCUCCCCCAGACCACAUCACCCUCUUGAACCCUAAAGACCUCUUCGACUCAGCCCCCAGCUUCUCUCAUGUGGCUGUUGCAUCACCCGGAGUCAGCAUGAUCUACUGCGCUGGCCAAGUCGGUGCGGACAUCAACCGGGAGCCUGCGGCUACGUUCGAAGAACAAGCCAGACUUGCGUUCAACAACGUGAAGUCAUGCCUGCGGGAAGCUGGUGCAACACCAAAGGAUGUUGUCAAGUUGACAUACUACGUAGUCAACUGGAGCCCAGAGAGAGCUCCAUUGUUUCGGAAGGCUUUGCUGGAAUUCUUGACGGACGAGAACGGCUAUGUUCAUCGCAUGGCAACAACACUAGUUUCGGUCGCUGGUCUAGCUGACCCGCGGUGGCAGGUUGAGAUUGAUGCGGUGGCAGCAAUCAAAGCGAAGCUCUAA